CUCUCUAGCGCGCACAAGGCCUUUGACCAUUUCAGUCUUUCGUACGCGAUAAACCCCGACGGACGGUUCGACUGGAGUGGUGUGUCGCUCUUUGAUUUUCUAGGUUUAGUUCGACAUUUUUCUCACGUCGGUUAUUAUAGCUACUUUUCAAAGAUGAAGGUGCUACAGUUACUUCUUGUUGUUGCCGCCCUAUUCGGGAUUGGAUUAGCAGUGCCCGUACCUGAACCCCAAUUUCUUCAACUAGGACAACAACAACCUUUCUUUCAGAGACCGAACAGACCUCGACCUUUCCUCCGACCUGGUGGCAUUUUGUCCGGAUUACUUGCUAAUGGACAACAGCAACCACAACCUGCAGUCCCAGCCACACCGGCUGUAGAGGCUGUUCCUCAAAAAACUCCGGAGGCCGUUGUUCCAGCACCAGUAACUCCUGUGGCUAGUCCUACAGGAGAAGUAGCUGCUAUUCCAGAUGCCAGCGCUGCACCUAAAAACCCAGGGUCCUUGUUCACUCCGGGAGGAUCGACGGAAUCCAAUAACGACAUCAAUAAGCUUCUAGGAAUGCUAAACGGUGGCCAGUUUGGCUCAGCCACAGCCGGUGGUGCUGGCAAUGGUGCCGUACAAGAUGGUGCUGCUAUCGGCCAAGGAACUGGCAUUGCAAACGUUGGGCCAGGUGGAUUCGGGAUUGGUCUGGGCAUUGGCGGAGCUAUUGCGACGCCGCUAGGCAAUUUAGCGUUCGGACAAGGAGACAGUAUAGCGGUUGGAAAAUAGCCGAAGGUUAUAUUCUUACCUUAAAAGCAGCGCUCGAUCUUGAAAGGAGAAAGGCAAAGAAAACCAGUCUUGAUAAAAUUAAUUCAUCAAUUCCAAGAAAAUAUUGACACUAAAUUAUUACUAAAAUACCAUUUCUACCAGAUUUUUUUUCACACCUCACUCUGUUGAAUUACUUUAGCUAAUUCGUCUAAUACAACUCGGAUCUAUCUUUUA